AAAAAACUAAUGAAAAGAAAGAAGAGAAAAAUAUACUAAACUGGACUGUAGCACCACCACCACCACCACCACCACUGCUACCACCACUACUGGCACCACCACUGCAGCUGUUAAGGCCACCAGUCAGAUAGCAAACAUGUUUGCCAAACAGACUAAGAAGCUGGAAAGUUGUCCAAGUACUGCUGUUAAAGAGGAGAAGGCACCAGCAAAGGCCAAGGGUGCAGGAAUCUCAGCGUUUUUCACCAAGGGUCCAGUUCAAAGAAGGCCAGACACCACAAAGUUGGGCAACACCACCAGUAGUCCUAAAUCUGACAGUACUCCUUGUCCUGAUGAGUCCAAAGGGUCUCUACCUAGUGAGGAUGCCCAGCUGAAACCCAAGGGCAAGGAGGACUCUCUGGUGUUUGGAGUAGAACAGGACGACAAAGAGGAGGUGAAGAGUGAAGGUGCUGGUGCAGGAACCACUAAAACUACAAAGACCAAGACCACCUCUUCCUCCUCUGCAUCCAAGAAGAGAAAGAGUAAGGGGAAGAAGAAGGAUGACCCAAAGACAAAAAGGACAAGAAUUAUGCAGCUGAGUGAUUCUGAGAGUGAAGAAGAAGAAGAAGAAGAGAGGAAUGAAGAAGAAGAUGAGAGAUUACUACUGCUUCCUUCUCCUCCUCCUCCUAUAACAGUCAACUCAGAGGAAGAGGAAGAGAAUGAAGGGGAGAAGAGCCUCCAGCCAUCCAAGUGCCCAGAGGAGGAAGCCAAAGUGGGGAUGAGGAAGAAGAUCGUGGAUGAAACUUAUAUGGAUGACAAAGGAUAUUUUGUGACCAAAAAGGUGAUGAAGCUUGUCCCACUAACGGAAGAGGAAAUCAAGCAGGAGGAGCAAGAGGAAGAAGAAAGGAAGAAAAAAGAAGAGGAGAGGAGAAUCAAGGAAGAAGAAGAGAAGAAAAAGAAGAGUUCCCCAACUGUAAAAUCUGAAACCUCUCCAUCCUCCUCCUCUGGACAGAAGAAGAGGAAGAAGGGAGGAAAGGAGGACAACAAAAAACAAGCAAAUAUCACGAGCUUUUUUACCAAAAAGUAAGCAAAUUAGAUGAGACCUGACAAGGUGAAAGAAGGGGUUUAAGACUGAGAGACUAUAAUUUUAUGAGAUAAUUUUAUUCCUCACUAAGUUCACUCUUGGCUUACUCAGUAUCCAUGAAGAAACAAAGAGCUAAACUAGUCAGGAAUGAACCCACCUUAUAUUACCUUUGUCUCUCUCUCAAGCAAAUUAGAUUAAAGUGCACUUCUUUUGUUAUGGUUGGUCUCCUAGUUAAGUGUAGUCACUAUUGGUAAAAAAAACUUUUAUUCCUAUAGAUAUUUCUCUUUUUAUAUGAUAUACAGGUUCUUGCAAGCAUCAUCUAAACAAAUUGUGUGAAACAAAUAUCACAAAUACCAAUAGGAAAAGAGAAACUAGGGGAUUUUACUUGUUAAAUUGCAGUAUUUUUGUCCUGAAAUUUAUGUAUAUGGCCAAUGAAUGAUACUGAUUUCCCACCAUU